AUGUGGCGACAAGAUGCCAGCGCCGGCGCAGGACAACAGCACCAUGGAUUUCUGUCAGCGAGUACACCAUCUUCAUCGUUCUCGACGACGCAGUUCCCAUCUCCACUUUUCGCAGUAGACCCAAGUCUACACAACAGCCCACAGCUCCUUCAGCCAUCCGUACAACAUGGCCAGCCGAGACAGCAGACUCCGGAAGGACGAACAUCACAAACCUCGAUGCAGCCUCCGGCAAGUACUAUCUCGCCACGAAUCACUCGCACGACUCCCUCGACAGGUAUAGCUACUUCUAGCUCGGACAACGCCAGGACAUUGCCUUCCAAAGAUGUCGACGAAGAUAAUCUAACUGAUGCGUUUGUCGCCUUCAUACUAUACUGCAACCCAAAGUUCGACAUUGACAUCGAUACGGACACUCUGAGGGCCGGCUUCAACAGUCCUCCUAAGAGUGACAACAAAGAAUUCGAGACCUUGAAACUGUUUAGGCUGAUUCGGGCGUUCGAUGCAAAGGAGAUCAAGACCUGGGCCCAGCUUGCUCUGGAUCUUGGCGUCGAAGCACCAGAUGUGAACAAAGGCCAGAGUGUUCAGAAGGUGCAGCAGUAUACUGUUCGACUGAAGCGAUGGAUGCGUGCAAUGCACAUUGAUGCUUUCUUUGAGUAUCUACUGGGAAAGCAGCAUGCAUACUUCACUGAAGUGCCCCCUUUGACGGAUCCGUUUCCUGCUGCUGGUCGCGAUGGGGUACUUGCGGAGGAGGAUCUGGCAAUCAGAGCACUUGACCCUGCUUUCAGACCGAAGCGUGGCAGGCGGCGAAACUCGCAGACGGAAGUGGAGGAUGAUGGCGACGGCGGACCAGCUAGUAAGCAACCUAGACUACAGGCCGGUCCAAGCCAUGACGUGCCCAUGUCUGCUUACCCAGCAAGUGCACAUCCGAAGGGUUUCCAAGAUCCAUGGACUAUGGCCUCCGCAGUCACACCACAGACAUACGCACCAUGGGCGAAUAGACCCACUGGACCUCAGACUGCUGUGACUGCGACAGCACCUACUCACCUGCGAUGGCAACUUCACGAUGGUCAACAAGUAGCAUCGCCUCACCCAAUGACUGCACAUCCGACGUCGAUGGCAGCACACAUCGAGGCUGCUCUUGACAGUGAGCCGAGGUCUGCUAUCACACCGGCUCGGAGAAGAAGAAAACAUGGUCCGGCUGUGUCUAGUGCCUGGCCUUCUGGAAACGCGCCGGGAGCGAAGCCGCGAGGAAGACCACCGGCCAGCCGGCACUUGCAAGAUGGACCAUUUAGCACGUUCCCCGUUGACCCUGCAAACGAGCGAGGAGCCAUUCUCGCAAAGCCAGCUACACCAGAUCUGACAGCUUCACACGACUAUGCGACGCAACCACAAGUGCCCCCUCGACCUCCAAUAGUCCAGAGACAAAGUGAUGGGCCGAGUCGACCAGGACGACUGUCACUGCAAGUACCGGCACACACAGGUGGACCUGUGAGACUUGCUACACCACCCGCACCCAGAGUUCUCGUCAAUGGCAAGACGAAUGACACCGAAAGUCUCAGCUCGCAGUACACGCCGAUUCUCGAGCCCAGCCAUCAGAACCCUGCGACAACGCAGUGGCCGCAACGAGUCCCUGCGAACCUACAGACAAUCCCACGAGAGAUUCCAGGCUUUGCAUUCGAAGCAUUGAAACGUGUCCUGACCAGCGAUUUGCUCCGCGUAACACUUUUCGGAAGAGAACAGAGACUCACGGGUGACGAAGCCAAAAGAUUGGCUGAUGCUGUGUUGCAUCGUAUGGGCAUCCCGAGGCCGGAUACCGAGAGUUCCCGUGACGAUAUUGCAAGACUCACAGCUGCUUCGUGGCUUGGUCUAGGCGAGCAAUUUGGUGUACCUAUAGGUCCCGCAACAGGUCAAGGGAAGCGGAUCGUAGUCACUCGCUUCCGUAUGGAUGCAGAAGGGUACGAAGAGAUCGUCUCGGCUUAUAGUGAGACCACGGGAAAUGUACGAGAAGUUUUUGAUCUAAGCUGGGGCGUCUCGAUGCAUGGUUGCAAUGGCACAUUCGAGCUCAAAGGCCUGACACUACCUUCGCCGUCAGAAUUAGAGGAUUCACACGAUUUCAUUGCCAGGCAAGCUAUGAUCGUUGCGAAAGCUGUAGGCGCUGAGAAUGAUCAUGCUUUGAAGUAUGCUUUGCAUCACGUCACAGGACUGAAGCAGUUGGUGGCUGAAGCUGGCGAGGAUGGUAUCGAUUGGAAGGCUAGAGCUCUUGCGAUUGAGUUUGGAAGUCGGGUUGCUAAGGGUGAGCUGGACAGGGUAAAGAACGAUAUCAUUGGGAAGUUGCUAGACGUGCUACUGUGA